AUGUGUCAUACUCUUGCUACUCUUUACCUUUUUUAGAAUAAGAUUUAAAUUGGUUUUUUUUUGUUUUCUCUGAGAAAAUUAAACUCGAGUCUCAUUUGUUUUUUGUUUUCUUCUACUUUUUUACGUUCAUUUACUUUGUCGUUUAGGUUCUAGUUAAUUUGGUUGGAAAGAGUAGUAAAAAAAGUAUCUAGUAAACAACAAAAAUUAGGAUAACAUGGUUCAGUUUUAUACUUUAGUGACAACUUCGUUAAUUUUGUCUUUUUUGUGCCUUAAAAAUUUUUGCUCUGCUGAGGUUUUCCAGUUAAAUUCACAAAAUUUUGACUCUAUGACAUCUAAAUAUGAAUUAGUUUUUGUUAAUUUUUAUGCUGAUUGGUGUAGAUUUAGUCAAAUAUUGUCACCAGUAUUUGAAGAAGCCGAAUCAAAUAUAUUGAAAGAAUUUCCUGAGCCUAAUCGUGUUCUCUUUGGUAAAGUUGAUUGUGAAAAUCAAGGUACACUUGCAUCUAGAUUUCACAUAAGCAAAUAUCCAACAUUAAAAGUGUUUAUUAACAACAAAGUUGCUAAACGAGAGUACAGAGGCCAACGGAGCGUUGAGGCAAUAACUAAUCAUAUCCGUGAUCUUUUGAAAGAUCCAGUCAAGCCAAUCACUACACACGAAGAUCAUAAUAAUAUUGAGGAAAAGAAAGGUGCCAUAAUCGGUUAUUUCAAUGUUCCUCCUGCUUCUACCCCUGAAUACAGUACUUUCCGUAAAGUGGCAACAGAUUUAAAGGGAGACUGUAAUUUCUUCUGGGUAACUGGAGAACCCUCAAUAUCACACCUUCAAUCUGGUAAACAGAAUUUCAUCGUUUUCAAACCAUCAAGAUCUCGUCCAGGUGAACAAGAUAUAACAUAUCCUGGAACAUUACAAAGUUACGAUGAAUUUAGUACCUGGUCAACAGAUAAAUGUAUACCAUUGGUUCGUGAGAUUACCUUUGAAAAUGCUGAAGAAUUAACCGAAGAGGGUUUACCUUUCCUGAUAUUAUUCCAUGCACCGGAUGAUCGGCAAUCGGUUGACACUUAUACCAAUAUUGUCCAUAAAGAAUUGUAUAGUGAAUCACCAAGCAUCAAUUUUCUUACCGCUGAUGGGCAGAAAUUUGCUCAUCCUCUCCACCAUCUUGGUAAAUCCCUUAAAGACUUACCUUUAAUUGCAAUCGAUAGUUUUAGGCAUAUGUAUCUUUUUCCUAAUUUUAAUGACAUCAAAUUUCCUGGUAAAUUAAAGCAAUUUAUUCAAGAUUUACACAGUGGUAAACUUCAUAGGGAAUUUCAUUUCGGUCCGGAUCCUGCCAACGAUGACAAAGAUAAUUCCAAUGAUAAUCAAAUAAUAACAUCACCACCUGAGUCAACAUUUAAAAAAUUAGCACCAUCAAGGAAUAGGUACACUUUAUUAAUGCGAGAUGAAUUGUGAUUUCGAUGUUGAUUAUAAAUAUAAUCAACUUUUGAAAAAGAAAGGAGCAAAAUUGAGAAAAACAAAUCAAAUCAGAGAUAUUUUUUAAUUUAAUUUCAUUACCAUGUUUACAAUCAAGUCAUCAUCAAGUUAAUCCUAGUGUUUGUGUUAGCCUUUUGCUGCUCCUAAUCCACAACGGUCACCUUGCCACCGGUCACUCUUAUCCUCUUCCGCUUCCGCAACCCUCUCUCUCUCUCUCUAUCUCUCUCAUACACAAACAUUCACAUAUUCCUUUGUGGGUACAGAAUAUAUAACAAUUAACUAAUCAGGAACAAAACUCCAACUUCAUGGGUCCCUCCAAGAUAUUUCCAAGUGUAAUAUUAAAUUACCACAAUCGCUGAAUUUGAAUUGGAUAUUCGGCUCUAUUAUUUGGACUAUCAAAUUUCGGGAUCUGGUAUUUACCUCAAGGAAAACUAUACAUAUACGAUUGUACCUGGAAAUUGGAAUUAGAUUAAUUACACCAAUCGAAAGCAGAAUCCGCCGUGGAAAAUUUUCUCCGACAACCUCUCAAAUCCUUUUUGCGAACUCAAAAUCCAUUCAUUUAGCGCUCAAAACUUUUUCCUCUCCAUUUUUCGUGGUGUUUUUUUUUCUGUGUCAUUUCUCAUUGCGAGUAAAAACAAAUCCGAAUGAGAAAAGGAAACUGCUAACAAUAAUUGAUUAUUAUUGUUCGUAUUGUUUAAUUUAAUCAAACAAUAAAUUGCGAUUUCAUGAUGGAUCAAGUCAAUAUAUUGAAUAUUCAUUCAAUCGGCUUCGUAUCGAUCUGAUUUCCAUUCCUCAUACCAA